AUGUCGCAACACUCUCGGAGAGACGUUUUAAUCAACAAUAUGGGAGACUCGAGGAUCCUUGUCUGGGAUGAGCUCCAAGUACCUCCUAAUAUGGAGUCCGAUACCGAUCAAUGGGUUAGAGAUUUCCAGCCAUUGGUCCAAAUUGCAGGCCCUUUUAAAUGCCACUGGGCAAGGUCUCGCGAGCGGCCUGAUACGGUUCUUCUAUUGACAUUGUGGCGCUGCAUGUUAAAACUAAGGGAAUUCGAGGACUCCCCGGACGCCCAGCUUUUCUGGGAGAAUCUUGCCAGUAAAGGGAUUUUACGCCUAGCAUCCCACGAGACUGUUUACCGCAGUAACUGGGCCAAUUACUUGGAUAAAUCCUUUAUUCAGUUAUUCUGGGUCUAUUUCCCCGCGUCUUUGGAUGAAGACCAGCUGGCCGAAAUCACAGAGUCUAAAGGUAUCAAUCCACCACCAAUGGGCUUUUCAGUCCCCCGGAAAGAUUUGCUUGUGGCACGUGCCCCUGCAAAAAUAUGGGCAAAUAAAACGAAAAUUGUGAAUGGACAGGAAACGCAGUUAAUGAUGUGGCCACAUUUCUGGAGGAAUGAAGAAAAGGCCGAGUAUCGGAAUAUCCAACGGGGUGGUAAUAUUAGCUCCUGGACCGUGAGGGAUAGGUUCAUUUCAGAGUUGGAAGAUUUGAAGCCAGUGACGUGGAAGGAGGAGUUUUUUACUUUUACCUGCUUUCGUUUCGUUUCCGAGAAUCGUUAG